GAAUUUCUUCUGCGCGAAGUCCGAUGAAAGCAGGCUCUGCAGAUUUGCCUACAUCAUCGAGGUUGCUGAGGCCUCGAGCCUCUGCAUCUCCGCUCUUCAGCCAACGAAGCGCGGUACCUUUGCACGAGACGACCGGAAGCGAUUCUACCAGCCAGGUGACUUGAGCCUGUUGCUCCUUGAGCUCAGCAGUUCGGAGAGCACAUGCCUCAUUUCCGGGCGACUGACUGGCAGCGCCGCCCGAAGCACUUUACAGGUCCACCUGCCAUCUGGGCGCUUUCUCCUUUGCCCCGUCUGCUUAGGGCCGGGGCCCCUCGGGACCGAUGGGAUCGGCCCAGAGGCCUCGUCAUGGGCCCUCCGGGUGCACAGUUCGCAUCCUGUUGCGGUCCAGCCGGCAUCGGGGCGCUUCGCCGCUAGCCUGGAGCGUGCCACCGCGGCCGCCGUGCGUUCUGCUGCUUUGCCUGGUGCUCGAGGAUUGUCCCCAAAGGAGACCAUCGUCGUCAAGGAAGUACAACCAGGCAUCUUCCUGGUCCAAAAGCGUUUCGAUGGAGUGGUGCUUCUGUCUAUGGCCCGGACGCAGAACAGCAGCUCCGGACGGAGUGGUCCCAUCAUACUCCAGGUCUGUGCCAAGGCGAUGUGGGCCAGGGGUGCAGCUGGAUUGCUCACAGCGAAGCGGGUCCCCGCGGCUCUUGAGCAGAAGCUUCCGUGCCAGCUGUGCGCGCAAAGUGGCCAUGCCAGCCGAAACUGUCCGAACCAGCGGCGUCGACCACGUUAUGCACGAUGGUCUCACGACCUGGCGGCCUGGAACUUAUUCGAGGUGGAUGUUUGCUUGGACCCUGGCGCGCUCUCGCUUUGUAUGGCCCUGGUGGCUAGCUCAGAACAGGGCGCUGUGGGAUCUGUCGUCACAGAUGACGGCCGAAAGAGUGCUGGUGGCUAUCCCACACCUGCGCUGGGAAGCACCGGGCCGUUCAAUCCCAUCACGAGCUGGGACGAGGAGCAAAUCCGACGGUGCUCUCUGCUAAACGCUCCGGCUCCAUCAGAAGAGGCUCAGCUUGCCAGAGCCAUCGCCUUGUCCUUGGCGGAGCAGAGCGGCCAGGAUCCCGUGCUGACGGAUGCGUUGGCCGAGGACGAGGAUGCAGCGCUGCAGGCAGCACUGAUGGCUUCCUUGGAAGGCACCCCUGCCACGGCUGGCGCAGAGCAAGUCCCGAAUGAACCGAAGGCAACCACGAAGGACUCCAAACGGAGCAAAGCUGGGGAGAAGAAGGCGUCGCAGACGCCUGCCGACAUGGAGGUUGCCGAAGCGAUCGCAGCCCUUGCUCGGCGGCGCCCUGGUGGUGUUGUAAAUAUCAACGAGCUCAACCAGGACGCAGCCUGCAAGAAAGUUCUGAAGCCCUUGCAGAAGAAGCAUGGCGUGAAGCUUAGCAAGGCUUGGCUGGAGAAAUUCCCGCAGAUUCUGGCGCUGUCUGAAGAGGGCAGUACCUUAGUCGUGACCGCCAAAGCAUGA